UGGACGCUCGCAGGGCGGUCUGUGGGAAGCGGAGGGAAACGGGAGCCUGUGCGGAUCGCCAGCCAGCUCGCAGGCAGUUCUCGACCCGGCGCCAUGGCACCGGAGAAGAAGCGGCUUCCUGUGAAGGAGGCUUUUCGGCUGGCGCAGCAGCCGCAUCAGAACCAGGCGAAGCUGGUGGUGGCGCUGGCCCGCACGUACGGCGCGACGGAUGAUAAAACAGCUUUUCAGGAGGAGUUUGUUCAUUAUCUUAAAUAUGCUAUGGUGGUAUAUAAACGUGAACCCGCCGUGGAGAGGGUCAUCGACUUUACAGCCAAGUUUGUAACUUCAUUUCACCAGUCUGAACAGGAAGAAGAGGAGGAGAAAGAUGGUGGCUUUUUAAAUUAUUUGUUUACCUUUCUCUUAAAGUCUCAUGAAGCAAACAGCAAUGCAGUCAGAUUUAGAGUAUGCCAGCUCAUUAAUAAACUUCUUGGAAAUCUGCCAGAAAAUGCCCAAAUUGAUGAUGACUUGUUUGAUAAAAUUAAUAAAGCCAUGCUUAUUAGAUUGAAAGAUAAGAUUCCAAAUGUAAGAAUACAAGCGGUUUUGGCUCUGUCUCGACUCCAAGAUCCCAAGGAUGAUGAUUGCCCGGUAGUUGAUGAUCAACAGCUAUCUUACCUUUUUAAGGUGUUAGCAGAGAAAGUUCACAUGAGAGCGAUGACCAUUGCUCAGAGAGUACUGCUUCUUCAGCAAGGUCUUAAUGACAGAUCAGGUCCUGUGAAACAAGCAGUACAAAAGCAUCUUCUCCAAGGGUGGUUGCAGUUCACUGAAGGAAAUAUCUUAGAGUUGCUUCAUCGAUUAGAUGUUGAAAACUCUUCUGAUGUGGCCGUCUCCGUUCUCAAUUCCUUAUUCUUAACGACUACCCUCAGUGAGCUGGUGGGAAUUUGUAAAAAUGAUGAUGGCAGGAAGUUGAUUCCAGUGGAAACAUUAACUCCUGAAAUUGCUUUGUACUGGCGCACUCUUUGUGAAUAUUUGAAAUCAAAAGGAGAUGAAGGUGAAGAAUUUUUAGAGCAGGUUUUGCCAGAGCCUGUAGUAUAUGCAGAGUAUUUACUAAGCUACAUCCAGAGCUUCCCAGUAAUUAGUGAAGAACAGAGAGGUGAUUUUACCUACAUUGGAAAUUUGAUGACAAGAGAAUUCAUAGGUCAGCAAUUGAUUCUAAUUAUAAAGUCUUUGGAUACCAGUGAAGAAGGAGGAAGGAAACGACUGCUGGAUAUUUUGCAGAAGACUCUUAUUCUGCCUACAACCCCAAUAUCUUUGGUUUCUUUUCUUGUUGAAAGACUCCUCCAUAUCAUCAUAGAUGAUAAUAAAAGGAUACAAAUUGUCACAGAAAUUAUCUCAGAGAUUCGUGCACCCAUCGUUACUGUUGAUGUUGACCCAUCUGCUACAAGAAAGAAAGAACUCAAGAUGGCCGAAAUAAAAGUUAAACUUAUUGAGGCUAAAGAAGCUUUGGAAAAUUGCAUUGUUGUACAAGAUUUUGAUCAGGCAUCAAAAUUAAAAGAAGAAAUAAAAACACUGGAAGAUGCCAGAAUAAACCUGUUAAAAGAAACAGAGCAACUUGAAAUUAAAGAAAUCCACACAGAAAAGGAUGAUGCUGAAACAUUACAAAAGUGCCUUAUUUUGUGCUACGAACUGUUGAAGCAGAUGUCUAUUUCAACUGGAAUCGGUGCAACCAUGAAUGGGAUCAUUGAAUCUUUGAUCCUUCCUGGAAUUAUAAGUAUUCAUCCUGUAGUAAGAAAUUUGGCUGUUUUGUGUUUGGGAUGCUGUGGACUACAGAAUCAGGAUUUUGCAAGUAAACACUUUAUGUUAUUCUUACAGAUUUUGCAAAUUGAUGAUGUCACAGUAAAAAUAAGCGCUUUAAAGGCAAUCUUUGACCAACUGAUGACGUUUGGGAUUGAGCCAUUUAAAACUCAGAAAGUUAAGGCCAUUCAGUGUGAAGAUGCAGAAGUAAACAGUCAUGAUGAACAAGAAGCAAAAGAUGAUGAAGACACUGCCACAGCUAAGAAUGUUCUGAAACUCCUUUCUGAUUUCUUAGAUAGUGAGGUAUCUGAACUCAGGAUAGCAGCUGCAGAAGGAUUAGCAAAGCUGAUGUUCUCUGGGCUUUUGGUCAGCAGCAGGAUUCUUUCUCGUCUUAUUUUGUUGUGGUAUAAUCCUGUGAGUGAAGAGGAUGUUCGACUGCGACAUUGCCUAGGCGUGUUUUUCCCCACGUUUGCUUAUGCAAGCAGGACUAAUCAGGAGUGCUUUGAAGAAGCCUUCAUUCCAACUCUGCAAACACUGGCCAAUGCCCCAGCGUCAUCUCCUUUAGCUGAAGUAGAUAUCACAAAUGUUGCUGAGUUGCUUGUUGAUCUGACAAGACCCAGUGGAUUAAAUCCUCAGGCAAAGAUUUCCCAAGAUUAUCAGGCCUUGACUGUGCAUGACAACUUGGCUAUCAAAAUUUGUAAUGAGAUCUUAACAAGUCCAUGCUCACCAGAAAAUCGGGUUUAUACAAAAGCUUUGAGUUCUGUAGAACUCAGUAGCAAUGUUACAAAAGAUCUCCUCCUUCUACUAGAUGAGAUUCUGGAGCAAGUAACAGACAGGACAUGUCUCAGAGCUUUGGAGAAGAUCAAGAUUCAGUUAGGAAAAGGAAAUAAAGAAUUAGACCAAGCUGUGGUAGCACAGGAUGUCAACACAACUACAGAUGUUCUUCAGAAUGAAAAUGAGGCAUAUGUGACUCCUCUGAGGGAUGUAAAAGGAAGUCAAGCAUCAAAAUCUACACAAAGAAAGACUAACAGAGGACGUAGAAAAGCACCAGUUUCAUCUAAGAUCAACAGGAGAUUCCAAAAUGCUGAGACUGACUCUGAAAGUGAUCAUGAUGCUCCAGAACCACCAUCGGAAAUGAAGAUGAGAUUACCCAGACGAGCCAAAACAGCGGCGCUAGAGAAAAGUAAACUUAACCUUGCACAGUUUCUUAAUGAAGAUCCAAGUUAGAGCUGAUAAGGAUGGAAUCCUUUAAAGUUGUGCUUAUUUCUUUGUUUUAAUAGUUAUUAUAGUAAAAUCAUAAAAGCCUCCUGUGUUUCUGGAAUCAUAGAAUGAUGCCAUAUGACUUUGGUACAUGGAUGAGAUUUGUUUAUAUUAGAAUGGUAGGUGGGUCUAGGAACCUGCUUUUAAAUAGGUUGCCUAGAUGAACCCUAUGAAACAAUGACAUUUUGGAAAAAUUUAUAAUUAGCCCAGUAGUUUGUAUUUGAGAAGCUUAUAUAGUGUAGAUCUAACAUAGGUGAAUAUGUCAGACACCAAACAAAUGAAGGGUGAAGUACAUUUAAGUAAUACAGAAAGGUGCUUAUUACCAUUGAGGACUGGUAUAAUGAACAAAAGCAUUCCUUAUUUACAGUUAACAAUGGCUUUGAAAAUUGCAUUAUUCCUAUACUAUUUAUUUGGAUAACUUUACCUCAAUGGGUAAUUUCUCUUUCUGAGUCUUUCCAUAUAGGAACACUUGUUUAUGAAUGUUUCUGGAUUAGGGAGAUGUACACACAUAUUAAUCAUGAAGGUACAUUGGUUUUUGGCACAUUAAAAUAUGUUCUACUUUGAAUAAUAAAUGAUAACAAUGGGAAAUAAAAUUAUAACAAGUCAUCUUUAUGUACUGAUUUAUGAGCAUAAUUUCUUUGCUGUUAAUUUCAGUUAUCUUUUGAAACUGUCACUGUUAUGAAGCAAAAAUAUUUGCAAACUUGUAUUGUAUAAAAGUAGUCCAUUUUCUUUCUGUUAUUCCCAAAGAAACACCUUUUAUUAUUCCUGAUAAUGAUCUUUUUGCUUUAUUUUGGAUAAAAAUGCACUUUUAUUAAUUGUGCUUCUUUAAAUUUAUUUACCAGAGGCCGUUUAUUUCAACUGAUGUUCUGAGAUGGAGUGAAUUGAUAUUGCUGGUUUUUAGAACCAAAAGGCUAUUCUAUAUACAUAUGUGCUUUAUAGAACUCAGAAAAGGAGUCAAAGUUACAAAGCAAGAGUUACAAAGAAAGGGAAAAGGCAGAUAUGGUAAUGAUAUAAACCAAUGAAAAACACUGUUCUUCAUCUCUUGGCUCUGUGUCUUUUCCUGUGCUUCAUAUUCCUUAUUGUUAUAGUUCUUGUUAAAUUCCUGUCUUUAAGUAAGUUUGUCAGGAAUAGGAAGUAAGUAGGGCUAAAAUGGUACAUACAUGAUAUAAGGGAAAGCCUUUAGGAAUGAACAGUGAUCAUUUAUACAUAUGCAGAGUAUCCAGAAGGAAAGAAGCUAUGCUCAUGUAGCCACUGUACCACAGCUUGCUUUUCUCUGUCAUAGGAAAACCAACUUUUAAGUAUAAAACCAUUAGUAGUAGUCUUACUACUUAGAUUUUAGACAAUGGCUGUGGCUGGCCUUAGUAAGGAAUAUCAUCCUGCUUCUUUAGGAUACCCCUGUAAGCUUUGGAGCAAACUCCUAAGAUACAAUAAAACCAACAGGUAUAAAAACAGUUACCAUUUUUUUUUUUUCAUUCAAAACUGUUAACUUAAACCAGUGUUGUUAUUUACCAUUGAGGCACAAAUUCGCUGAGGAGUAAACAUGCAGUUGUGCCAUUGCUCUUAUGGCCCACAGAUGAAGUUUAAGUUACAGAAAGAGAACUGAUAACCCAAUUAUUUUAAUGAAUGAAAACAUGCUAUUUGAUAAGCUAAUCAGCCUUUUUUCUAUACAUAUAUAACUUUAGAAGAGAUAUACUUCCAAGUGAUACCUUGCCUUUCCCAGUUUGCUUCGAGGUAGUUAGUAUCCACCUGUUACACAACUGUUUGGGUUAGGUCGAUAUCUCACACCUUUACAA